AUGCGCUUAUUUGGACCUCUCUCCAUAUCCAGCUUCCUAGCGCUCACUCAAUGCCACCAAACAACACUGGGGCCUGGCCUCGGAGUGCCAUUAAUUCGAGAGCCGGAUGCCAACCGUAUCACUGUUGACGGGAAACCGACUGGUGCGAGCGGACCUAUACCGGAGGCUUUUGUCUCGUAUUCGAUUGAGUUCGCAUUCUUCCCGGAUUUUACGGGCAGCAAGGCACACCCGAAUGUCUUUUCGAACGAUUUGUUGGACAAUAUUGGGGAAUUGAGCGGGACGAAGCCGUACAUUCGUGUUGGAGGGAAUACGCAAGACUAUGCACUCUACAAUGCUUCCCUGAGCACGCCAACCAAAGGUACAAUCGUGCCGAAGAAGUCGCGAGACUACCCUACCAUCCUCUCAAUCGGGCCAUCGCACUUUGACUCCUAUUCGAGCUUUAGCAACGCAAAGUACAUCCAUGGCUUCAACCUCGGCAAGAACGGCACAGCUGCUCGAGCAAGCCUGCUUGCAACGGAGUUUGGCAAUGAGCCGGACCUCUUUGAGACCUCCGCCCAGGGCGCCCUGAGACCCGCAGAUUGGAGUGAGCAAGACUAUGUCAAUGAAUGGCUCGCAGGCACGAGAGCUAUCCAAGAUGGCAUCGACCACUGCCUUCAAUUGCAUUGCCCCGUCGUUUGCCGGACCGGAUAA